AUGUUUCAACGACUUUUAAUGCCUCACUCAAAAAAUCAUUUAAUUUCCCUUACUUCUAUAUUCUCUCCUCGGUUCCUUCACAAUUCGCAACUGUUAAACCGAGACGAGAAAAAGGAUAUAGGAAAUGAAGAAUCAUCUUUCGAAACUCCACCUAAAUCAGAUACUAUAGUACCAACACCUUUGGCUUCAGCUUUUCGUAACAUGUUUGACGAUUCCGCCAUAAGAACCACAACCCUGAUCAAAGCAAUAAAAAAGGAUGGAUUCGUAACCACAGAUAACGUAUAUUUACGUGGACCUGUUCUACUAUUGAAUGGGUAUGCAUUUUUAUGGGAUGUGCCUCAGGGCAAAGAAUACAACUACUCUUUACCUUUCGAAAAUUGGACGCCAGAAUGCUUGAAAAUCUUCGAAGUGAUUGUGCCAAAACCUGAAAUGAUAAUCUUUGGAACUGGAAAAACACUUUUACCACUUCCGCAAUCACUUCGUGAUUAUGUACACAGAUUAGGGAUGCAACUUGACAUGAUGAGUACAAGUAGUGCUGUAGCAAACUUUCGAUUCUUGUCUGAAGAAGGAAGACGAGUAGCUGCCGCACUAUUGCCAUUGGCACCUACUAGUGCUAGGACUGGCUAG